CAUCCUUCACUCGUGGAUGCCUACUUAUACCUCGAACCGUUAGAUGGCCAGUAUAGCUGACUGAAAUUGUGAAACAAGUGGAGCUAAGCUAAAAUGUACUUCUAUCUCGGUCUGUACCUCGCUCUGAGCACUUUGGGAAGAUCCGUGCUUCCAGCGCCGUUAAAGGACAUGGAGGUCAUGAGAAGCCCUGAAUUUCAGGACGCUGCCGAGAGCACUCUCAGCUUGAUCAUGAAGAUACUUGGUGAAAUUCCGGCCGUGCACAAAUCACUGAUCCACACUACGACGCUGUCUCUAGACGAGAGCGAUUUGAGCACGCUGCAGUUCUUCAAGGAGUUCCUGGAUUUACCAGAACCAAGUCCUCUUCAGCCCUUCUCUAACAAGUUUAAACUGGACGUUUCCUUGGGCCAGAUAGACGAGGGUCUGAAGUUGCAAGAGACCCUGCUGAAGGUGAUCGGCGAGCUGGCGCACUUUAAGUUCAAGAAGCCGAAGCCGGAGGGACUCCUGUACGACCUGCGAGACGCACUGCUGCACAUCCACAGGAUGCAGCAUUUGAUUAAGGCGGUAAAAGGAGACGAGAAGGUAUCCGAAAGCCGGCUGAAAGAGGAUUUGGAGCCGAAACUAGAAAAGGAAUACACGUCCCAGGUGGCAGCGCAUCUGGCCCUGAUCCGGCUGAGACAUUUCGCCAAGGACGUCAGCCGCAGUCUCCAGAGCAUGAUUAUCUCUCCGGAAGAACAGGGGACUCAAGAUUCAUAAACAAAUCUGUGGAACCUUAAUAACAAACUCUGUAACGAAAACGUUCUGAAGUGCAUUACUACUGGCGAACACGUUUUAUAGUGUAUGGUUUGUUUACAUGAGUUGUCUGUAUCUGCGAGCGCACUGACUUAAAUAACAUAUUUAUGUAUGUAUUUAUUUAUUUAUUAUUUAGACCACGCCCAUAUCAGCGUGGACUCAUGGGAAUUUGAUUAACUUACCGGUUUUCCUUAGUAACUUUGGCAACUUGCCAUGUGAUGAUGAUGAUGUUUAUGAUCUACAUUAGGUCAUUUUUUUUUGCCUGAAUGUAUUUAUAUAUCAAUGUUAAACGUUUAUUCCCUUCUUUUACUGCAGACUAGAAUUAAAUGCUGGACGUAUUUAUUUAUUUACUACCGUUUAGGACGAAUGUAUCUAAUAUAUUUUUUUCCAUUCACAUACAGUAUGUAUGUGUUUUUAUUGUCACAACUACAGUACAAGACAUACUACUAUAUUUUAUUUAAGGAAUAUUUAUUACAUUACUACCGUAUUUUUUUUUUUUAAACAACAACAAUAAAAAUAAAUAAAAUGUAACAAAUC